GCAUCGGAGGAGCCUGGCGGGGCGGGCGACAUGGACCACAGGAAGCCACCACCAGGACGUUUUUUUACUGAUUAUUACUGUCCGAUCGAAGCUGGCUACAAGGACAGAUCUGGUGUUUUGCCCUAUGACAAAGCUGCCAGUCGGGCCCUAGCUGCCACCUAUCAGAAGCCAAGGGAUGUAAAGGGAUCUGAAGAAAGGACAUUGUUUGUGGCAAGGCUUUCUCGUGAAACUGAGGAGGCUGAUAUAGAGAAGGCGUUCGGCCGGUUCGGCGAACUGCGUGAGAUCCGCCUGCUCCGGGACCUGGUGACGGGCGCGCCCCGAGGCUACGCGUUCGUCAUGUUCAACCGGCGGCGGGACGCGGCCGCCGCGCGCGCCGCCUGCCGCCGCCUUUGUAUCGCCGGGGCCGACGUGGUGGUGGAGCCCGAGUUCAGCCGCGGCCUGCCCGGCUGGCGACCGCGCCGGCUUGGUGGCGGUCUCGGCGGCAGGAAGGAGUCAGGUCAGCUGCGCUUCGGCGGCGUGGCGCGACCCUUCGUCCUCAACCCCCCGGCCGUCCGGGGCUGGGAGGGGGCGGCGGGGUCCCGACAUCCUGACCGGGACGGAGGCGCAGCGUCGCACCGGUCCGACCGGGACGGCUCCGGCGCGUCCCGUCGGUUUGACCACGAUGAUUCGGCCGUACCGCGCCGGUCCGGCCGGGACGACCCGGACCGCUGGGACCCGGACCGCCGGGACCCGGGCCGUCAGGACCCGGAACGUCAGGACCCAGACCGUCGGGACCGAGACCGUUGGGACCCUGACCGCUCGGACCCGGACCGCCGGGACCCGGACCGCCGGGACCCGGACCGCCGGGACCCGGACCGUCAGGACCCGGAACAAAUCCCGAAGGCGUAA